AUGGUAAUCUCGUACGCGUUGGAUCUCUUUUCACGUCUGCCUACCUGGCUCGCUCUGCUGAUCACAGUCGUAUCUCUAUUCUACUACUCGUCAAGCAGAAAGUCAAUCUUCCCAGUCGUCAAUGUCUACCCCGGAGACUUCACUCGAAGGAAAGCACACGCUGAGUACGCGCGAAAUGCCCGAUCUCUCGUCGCCAACGGUCUUCGAAAGCACAAUGGACCCGUCACACUAGACACGCCAUCAGGGCCUCGCAUCAUCCUGCCAGAUUCUCUAACAGACUGGGUGAAAAGCAACAAGGACCUCAAUCAUCAAGCACUCAUCUACCAUGACUUCUUCGGCAACUACCCUGGCUUUGAAGCUAAUGCUAUCAUCCACAACCCUGACAACAUAGUGAUCGAUACCAUCAAGAAGAAACUGUCGCAGAAUGGACGAUUGGUGCCUAUCAUUAGCGAGCAUGUUGGCGCAGCGCUUGACGAUGUUUGCGGGUUGGAUGGCGACUGGCACACGCUGAACUGGACUCCCGACACGAUGAGCCUGGUCUCGAGGGCUGCUGCUUCAGCAUUCGUGGGGCCUGAUCUCGCGCGAGAUGCUGAAUGGCAGCGUAUGACUACGACGUAUGCUACCGGAUUUUUUGCAGCCGCCUUUGAGCUGAAGAGAUGGCCAAGCUGGACGAGACCGAUUGUUCAUUGGUUCCUGCCCGGAGCUCGAACAUGCCGAAAGCUGGUGAAGGAUGUAAGGAAUGCUAUGCAAGUCGAACUUGACAGACGACUGGUAGCAGCAGAGGCAGGAAGCGAGGAAGACUUUCAAGAUGCAAUUGCCUGGAGCCAAGAGAUCGCUGCUGGCAGACCCAUUGAUCAUGGUGGAGUGCAGCUUGCUUUCGCCAUGGCUGCCCUUUUCACAACUUCUGAGGCGCUGCGACAAGUCCUCAUAGACAUUUGCCAGCACUCAAACAUCAUCGAGCCAUUGCGAGGGGAGAUCACUGACGCCAUCGGAGCGACGGGCUUGACACAGGCGGCGCUGGCGAACAUGCAGUUGCUUGACAGCGUUAUGAAAGAGUCGCAAAGGCUUGGACCGCCAUCGAUAGUCAGUCUCGAGCGUGAAGCUGUCCGCGAUGUCUUCUUACCAGCCGGCACUCGACUUCCUCGCGGCUCGAUCAUCGCUGUUGCCUCUUCUGGGAUGUGGAAUUCGAAUUUGCACCACGACCCGGAGAAAUUCGACGGCUAUCGGUAUCUCAGAAAGGUGAAAGAUGGCGACGAGCGUACAUCUUUUGUGUCCUCUACCAAGGAGCACAAUGUCUUCGGCAUGGGGAACCACAUUUGUCCAGGCAGGUUCCUUGCUGCGGUCGAGAUCAAAUUAUGUCUGGCUCAUGUCCUGCUGCAGUACGAUCUCAGACUGCAGAAGGGGUGUGAACCAAAGACUGUCAAGAAUGGUAUUUUCCAGAUGGUGGAUCCGGCCGUGCGCCUUGAGACUAGAAAGCGGCCUGAAAAGACCGUCUUUUCCUGA